AUGAGUAAGAAUCUUGAACUCAGUCCAAGCUGGAGUUCUCCAUUUACCCAGCCCCCCAGGUUUCCACUGCUGUGGUUGAGCCCUACAAUUCCAUCCUCACCACCCACACCACCCUGGAGCACUCUGAUUGUGCCUUCAUGGUAGACAAUGAGGCCAUCUAUGGCAUCUGUCGUAGAAACCUCGACAUUGAGCACCCAACCUACACCAACCUUAACCGCCUUAUUAGCCAGAUUGUAUCUUCCAUCACUGCUUCCCUCAGACUUGAUGGGGCCCUGAAUGUUGAUCUGGCAGAAUUCCAGACCAACCUGGUACCCUACCCUCGCAUGCACUUCCCUCUGGCCACUUAUGCCCCUGUCAUCUCUGCUGAGAAAGCCUACCACGAGCAGCUUACAGUAGCAGAGAUCACCAAUGCCUACUUUGAGCCAGCCAACCGGAUGGUGAAAUGUGACCCUCGCCAUGGUAAAUACAUGGCUUGCUGCCUGCUGUACCGUAGUGAUGUGGUUCCCAAAGAUGUCAAUGCUGCCUUUGCCACCAUCAAGACUAAGUGUACCAUCCAGUUUGCGGACUGGUGCCCCACUGGCUUUAAGGUUGCCAUUAACUACCAGCCUCCCACUGUGGUACCCGGUGGUGACCUGGCCAAGGUGCAGAGAGCUGUGUGCAUGCUGAGCAACACCACAGCCAUUGCUGAGGCCUGGGCUCGCCUAGAUCACAAGUUUGAUCUGAUGGAUGCCAAGCGUGCCUUUGUGCACUGGUAUGUGGGUGAGGGCAUGGAGGAGGGUGAGUUCUCGGAGGCCCGUGAGGACAUGGCUGCCCUCGGGAAGGGUUAUGAAGAGGUUGGGGUAGAUAGUGCUGAAGGAGACCAUGAGGGUGAGGAAUAUUAAUUAAUUCAUGUGCUGCCAGUCUAUACUUCUGUGGUCUCAUCCUUGUCUUUGCGUAUGCUCUAACUGUCCUAAACUGUCAAUAAAGGUGUUUCCGUUGUAAGUUGAAAAAAAAAAAA